AUGCUCCUUUCCUUCCUUCCUUCCUUUCUCUCCCUCUCUGCUCCUUUUCUUCCUUCCUUUCUCUUAAUUUGUUCUUUUUCCCUUCCUUUUUUUCUUUCAAUCUGUAUAUUCCUUCCUUCCUUUUUUUCUCCCUUUCUUCCUUUUUUGAACUUCCUUUCUUUCCCUCUCUGCCAUUUUUUCCUUCCAUUCUUCUGCCUCAUUCCCUUUCACUAUAUUCCUUCCUUUCUCUCCCUAUUGCUCCUUCCCUUCUUUUUUCCUGCCUUCUUCCUUUUUAUUCCCUUCCUCCCUCCCAUCCUUCCUUCCCUCUUGAAUUAUUCUGGGUCAAGUCGGAGCAAUCAGCGGACAAUGUUUGCACCUGCAAAACUGACAGUGAGUGGUGUCUUUGCCAAACUAAAAGAAAUAGCAUUGAUGACUGGAAACUCAGCAAUGUCUAAGAAAAUUGAUCGAAUUAAGGGAAUGUUUGUGGCUUGUCGAUCAUGUGAAGCACGGUAUCUGAUAAGAUCUCUUGGAGGCAAACUUCGUAUUGGUCUUGCUGAGCAGUCAGUUUUGGCAGCCCUUGGCAAUGCUGUCUUCCUUACUCCACCAGGACAAGAAUUUCCUCCCCAAAUUACUGAUGCUGGAAAAGGACUGAGUGCUGAUACUUUGAAAAAGAAAUUAGAAGAGACAACUCUCAUCAUCAAGACAACAUAUUGUGAAUGUCCCAGUUACGAUGCCAUUGUCAAAGUUUUAUUAAAAGAUGGUAUAGAAGAGCUACCAAAGAAGUGCAAAUUGACUCCAGGAAUCCCCUUAAAGCCAAUGUUGGCUCAUCCCACAAAAGGAGUGAGUGAAGUCUUGUCUCGAUUUGAUGGAGCCGUAUUUACCUGUGAAUAUAAAUAUGAUGGUGAACGAGCACAGAUUCACCUGAAAGAGGAUGGGAAAAUAGAAAUCUACAGUCGCAACUCAGAAGACAACACGUCCAAAUAUCCAGACAUUAUUGAACGCAUCAAUAAAUCAUUCAAAGAAAAUGUCAAGUCAUGCGUUCUCGAUGCCGAAGCUGUGGCCUGGGACAAGGAGAAACAAACGAUUCUUCCUUUCCAGGUGCUUAGCACUCGAAAACGAAAGGAUGCCUCAGCUUCAGAAAUCAAAGUUCAAGUUUGUGUUCAUGCGUUUGACCUUUUGUACUUCAAUGGGGAGUCACUUGUAAAGGAGCCACUUAGACGCAGACGUCAACUCUUGUGGGACAAUUUUACUGAAAUUGAGGGUGAAUUUGUCUUUGCUAAAUCUCUCACGACAUCAAAUACAGAAGAAAUUGCUGAAUUCUUAGAAGAAUCCAUUAAAGGUAACUGUGAAGGUUUGAUGGUCAAAUCUUUGGAUGUUGAUGCCACGUAUGAAAUUGCCAAAAGAUCUCAUAAUUGGCUCAAGUUAAAGAAAGAUUAUCUGGAUGCUGUUGGAGAUACCUUGGAUCUUGUUGUCAUUGGUGGCUAUUCAGGUACAGGCAAACGUACUGGACGAUAUGGAGGAUUUCUUUUGGCUUGCUACGAUGAGGAGAAUGAAGAAUUCCAGACCAUUUGCAAAAUUGGCACUGGAUUCAAUGAUGAAGACUUAGAGAAGCACGCUACAUUCUUUAAGGAACACAUAAUUAACAAGCCUAAGCCUUACUACCAAUGGGCUUCAAGUGUUGAACCUGACCAUUGGUUUGAAGCUGUCCAAGUGUGGGAGGUCAAAGCAGCUGAUUUGUCCAUUUCUCCUGUCCACAAAGCAGCUGCAGGAAAAGUUGGCUCCGAAAAGGGUAUUUCCCUGCGAUUUCCCAGGUUUUUACGGAUACGAGAUGAUAAAAAACCAGAAGAUGCUACUUCCGCUAGUCAGGUUGCCGAAAUGUACUGUAGCCAAGAGCAACAGCCGUUUUGGUUAUAUUUUGAACUCUUGCUUUCUAAACUUUUGCUUCUCUUUUUGUCUUUACUCACUGGCGUCACUAUCUUUUCUUUCUUUUCCUUCUUGUUCUUCUUCAGUCUCAGUAUCUCUUCCUUCUCUUUUAUCUUUCUUCUUUUUUCUCUUCUUUAUUUAUCUCUAAUCUUUCUUUCUUUCUUUCUUUCUUCCUUUGUAUUCUCAUCGUUCUCUUCCCCUUUAUUAAUUUUGUCUUCAAUCUUAGUACCUCUUUCUCUCUUUUAUUUUUCUUCUUCUUCUUUCUCCUCCUUAUUUAACUCUCAUCUUUCUUUCUUUCUUUCUUUCUUUCUUUGUGUUCUCAUCGUUCUCUUCCCCUUUCUUAAUUUCGUCAUCAAUCUUAGUACUUCUUUCUUCUCUUUUAUCUUUCUUCUUCUUUCUCCUCCUCAUUUAACUCUCAUCUUUCUUUCUUUCUUUCUUUCUUUCUUUCUUUCUUUCUUCCUUUGUAUUCUCAUCUACUUCUUUCUUCUCUUUUAUCUUUCUUCUUCUUUCUCCUCCUCAUUUUUUCUCUCAUCUUUCUUUCUUUCUUUUUUCUUUUUUCUUUCUUUCUUUCUUUCUUUCUUCCUUUGUGUUCUCAUCGUUCUCUUCCCCUUUCUUAAUUUCGUCAUCAAUCUUAGUACUUCUUUCUUCUCUUUUAUCUUUCUUCUUCUUUCUCCUCCUCAUUUAACUCUCAUCUUUCUUUCUUUCUUUCUUUCUUUCUUUCUUUCUUUCUUCCUUUGUAUUCUCAUCGUUCUCUUCCCCUUUCUUAAUUUCGUCAUCAAUCUUAGUACUUCUUUCUUCUCUUUUAUCUUUCUUCUUCUUUCUCCUCCUCAUUUAACUCUCAUCUUUCUUUCUUUCUUUCUUUGUGUUCUCAUCGUUCUCUUCCCCUUUCUUAAUUUCUACUUCUUUCUUCUCUUUUAUCUUUCUUCUUCUUUCUCCUCCUCAUUUAACUCUCAUCUUUCUUUCUUUCUUUCUUUCUUUCUUUCUUUCUUUCUUUCUUCCUUUGUAUUCUCAUCUACUUCUUUCUUCUCUUUUUCUUUCUUCUUCUUUCUCCUCCUCAUUUUAACUCUCAUCUUUCUUUCUUUCUUUCUUUCUUUCUUUCUUUCUUUCUUUGUUUUCUUUUUUUCUUUUUAUUUCUCUUUUUCGUCAUCUUUCUUUUCUUACUUCUUUUUCUUUUUUUUUUUUUCUUCUUUCUCCUCCUUUUUUAACUCUCAUCUUUCUUUCUUUUUUCUUUCUUUUCUUUUUUUUUUCUUUGUAUUCUCAUCUAAAAGUUUUUUCUCUUUUAUCUUUCUUCUUCUUUUUCCUCCUCCUUUUAACUCUUUUCUUUCUUUCUUUCUUUUCUUUCUUUCUUUCUUUCUUUCUUUCUUUCUUUUUAUUUACUUCUUUCUUCUUUUUUUUCUUUUUUUUCUUUCUCCUCAUUUUUAUCUCAUCUUUUCUUUCUUUUGUUUCUUUUCUUUCUUUCUUUCUUCCUUUGUAUUCUCAUCGUUUCUCUUCCCCUUUCUUAAUUUCGUCAUCAAUCUUUCUCUACUUCUUUCUUCUCUUUUUCUUUUCUUCUUUCUUUCUCCUCCUCAUUUAACUCUUUUUUUCUUUCAUUCUUUCUUUCUUUCUUUCUUUUUUUUUUUUCUUUUUUCUUUCUUUCUUUCUUCCUUUGUUUCUUUUCUUUCUCUUUUUUUCUUAAAUUUCGUCAUCAAUCUUAGUUCUUCUUUUCUUCUCUUUUAUCUUUCUUCUUUUUUCUCCUCCUCAUUUAACUCUCAUCUUUCUUUCUUUUCUUUCUUUCUUUCUUUCUUUCUUUCUUUCUUUCUUUCUUUUUCUUUUUUCCUUUUUUAUUCUCAUCUACUUCUUUCUUCUCUUUUAUCUUUCUUUCAUCUUUCUUUCCUCCUCAUUUUAACUCUCAUCUUUCUUUCUUUCUUUCUUUUCUUUCUUUCUUUCUUUCUUUUUAUUCUCAUCUACUUCUUUCUUCUCUUUUUUUUGAUUCUUUUUCAUUCUCCUCCUCAUUUAACUCUCUCUUUCUUUCUUUCUUUCUUUCUUUCUUUCUUUCUUUGUGUUCUCAUCGUUCUCUUCCCUUUCUUAAUUUCGUCAUCAAUUUUAGUACUUCUUUCUUUCUCUUUUUAUCUUUUUUCUUCUUUCUCCUCCUCAUUUUUCUCUCUCAUCUUUUUUUCUUUCUUUCUUUCUUUCUUUCUUUCUUUUCUUUUUCUUUCUUUUUUUUCUUUCUUUCUUCCUUUUACUUCUUUCUUUUUUUUUAUCUUUCUUCUUCUUUCUCCUCCUCAUUUUUCUCAUCUUUCUUUCUUUCUUUCUUUAUUUUUCUUUCUUUCUUUCUUUCUUUCUUUCUUCCUUUGUAUUCUCAUCGUUCUCUUCCCUUUCUUUUUUUCGUCAUCAAUCUUUUAUACUUCUUUCUUCUCUUUUAUCUUUCUUCUUCUUUCUCCUCCUCAUUUUAACUCUCAUCUUUCUUUCUUUCUUUCUUUCUUUCUUUCUUUCUUUUUUUCUUUCUUUUUAAAUUUUAAAAAGUUUUUUUCUCUUUUUUCUUUCUUCUUCUUUCUCCUCCUCAUUUUUAACUCUCAUCUUUCUUUCUUUUCUUUCUUUCUUUCUUUCUUUCUUUCUUUCUUUCUUUUUGUUUAUCAUCGUUCUCUUCCCUUUCUUAAUUUCGUCAUCAAUUUUAGUACUUCUUUCUUCUCUUUUAUCUUUCUUCUUCUUUUCUCCUCCUCAUUUUUUUCUCAUCUUUUUCUUUCUUUUCUUUUUUUUCUUUCUUUCUUUCUUCCUUUGUAUUCUCAUCGUUCUCUUCCCCUUUUCUUAAUUUUUGUCAUCAAUCUUAGUAAACCUUUUUCUCUUUUAUCUUUUUUUCUUCUUUCUCCUCCUCAUUUAACUCUCAUCUUUCUUUCUUUCUUUCUUUCUUUCUUUCUUUCUUUUACUUCUUUCUUCUCUUUUAUCUUUCUUCUUCUUUCUCCUCCUCAUUUAACUCUCAUCUUUCUUUCUUUUAAAUUUCUUUCUUUCUUUCUUUCUUUCUUUCUUUUCUUUCUUUCUUUCUUUUUUUACUUUUGUUUCUCAUCUACUUCUUUCUUCUCUUUUAUCUUUCUUCUUCUUCUUUCUCCUCCUUAUUUAACUCUCAUCUUUCUUUCUUUCUUUCUUUCUUUCUUUCUUUCUUUCUUUCUUCCUUUGUAUUCUCAUCUAAUGCAAUUUCUUCUCUUUUAUCUUUCUUCUUCUUUCUCCUCCUCAUUUUUACUCUCAUCUUUCUUUUUUUUCUUUCUUUCUUUCUUUCUUUCUUUCUUUUUUUUUUUCUUUCUUUGUGUUCUCAUCUUAAAUUUCUUCUCUUUUAUCUUUCUUCUUCUUCUUUCUCCUCCUUAUUUAACUCUCAUCUUUCUUUCUUUCUUUCUUUCUUUCUUUCUUUCUUUCUUUCUUUCUUUUUUUUCUUUGCAUCCAUUUAUUCUCUUCUCUAACUCAGAUUUUUUCUUCUUCAAUCUCAACUCUUUUUCCUCUUUCCUCUUUUCUCUUUUUCUUUUUUUUUUGUCUACUUCUUCUUUAAAGAAAGAAAUUUAUACAUACGCGCAAAUUAUAUGCAUGUACGUAUAUUUUUUCUCAUACCCCUAUCUAUCUAUCUAUCUAUCUAUCUAUCUAUCUAUCUAUCUAUAA